AUGGAAGCCGUUGUUGGCUUAAAUAUACCAUUUCUUUGCCUAGCUUUGGGUAUUCUCGCCGUUACUUGGUGGUGGGUCUCGAAAAACCGUCAAGCAGCAAGGAGCAGCCGGGAAACUCCGCUUCCUUAUCAAAAUGAGGGCAAGACAGGCGCUGGUUCUAGAGCUGAGGAAGUAGAAGUGACUAAUAGCCAGCCAGCGCCUGUAGAUUUGGAAGAGCGCUGCCAACUGUACAAGGAGCUGUACUUCAGGCUGCAACACCUUGAAAAUCAUCCUGAUAUCAUUCCCAAGGCGAAAACUCUCCUUCUCUCCUUUCUCUCAGGGGCAAUUGAGUCAGCGCAAACCCAGAAAAGCACCAUUCUCUCAGUUGAAGAGUUUUCGCAUGAUGCACUCGAUAUAUUCGCGAAGCGAGAACUUGACCAAGUUACUUUGAGAUGGCAACGGUAUCUCGAAAGGAGAAGAGGAGGCCAGCCUAGGGAACUCUUUCAUGGGUUGGAAGACGCAAAACGCUGGCUUGUGCGGAUGGCUCCGACCAAAUUCGUCGACGGCGCCUGGCUUGGACACAUCCAUAAGAUAAAAACGCCCUUCGCUUAUCGGUCUAUCACGAAAGAUGCUUGGCAGGUCCUAUCAGAAGAACUCGGCGACGGCGACUUGGAUAAAAAUCAUGUCGAAGUCUAUAAACAGCUAUUGCACAAAGUAGGGGCACAGUUGCCAGCGGGGAAUUCGUCUGAGUUCAUAAGGCAUCCAGAUAUGAAGGAUAUUCAGAUCUGGCAAUCCGCCGUCAUUCAACUUCUCAUCUCCCUCUUCCCUCACGAGUUCUUGCCCGAGAUAUUAGGUUUUAACAUGCACUUCGAGAUGUUAACUUUCGAGACCAUCGUGGCUGCCAAGGAGCUUCGCGAACUGAAUAUUGACCCUUACUAUUUCACCCUUCAUAUCACCAUCGAUAAUGCGGAUACCGGUCAUGCAAAAAUGGCAAAGGAGGCCGUGGUAAGAUACUUGCACCUAGUAAGGACUUCGGAGGGAGGUAGUGCUGCUCAGCAAGCGUGGAAACGUGUCCAGGCCGGAUUCGUCCUAUCCAAAUGUUGUCCGUUAGACUUGGAUGCUUCGAUUGGCGUGUCACUCCAACCCUCCCCCCAAACCAGAUAUAUGAAGGAGAUCCUCGGAAUAUUCGAAUCGAAGACCAUUGCAUCCAGUAGAAUCCAUGACAAUUGCCGUGCGAGAUUUGGUGGUCGAAAGCUUGCAGCCUGGCUAGAACCCGAUGCAUUUAAGCAGAAAGAUUGGCAGAUGGAAUUUUUGCACUGGUUGAGCAACACAAAGCCAUGGGUAUAUAAAGGCGAUAGUGGUCGGAGCCGGCUUGUGCAAUUGAUAUCAUGGGGAGGACCGAUGUUUGGAGCUUUUACCCAUAAUGAAGUGGCUACUAUUCGAGCCUGGAUUGACAGUCUUGCACCACAAAACUCGAGGGCAUACUGGACAUUUACUGGACGAACGAAAAAUCUGCCAGAGAAAGACACGAAACCACAUAUAACCGUUGACUAUCCAGUAUUCCUUCCAUAUACGUUCGAUGACAGGGCGUCGGAACCUCAACUGAGGGAGCGAUCCUCAUCAAAGUUCAGGUCUUUUCGCCUUAGUCUUCCCCCUAACCCACGGCUAGGCAAAAUUCUUCCACUUUGGUUCGUUCAUCCCUGCAUUUUGGAAUCCUUCAUCUCUGUUCCAUGGCAGACAACGAACAAGGCUGGUUGCGCUGCUGUUCGGUUUCUCCGUGCUCAAUAUGGCUACGGACCUGAAACCUCGGAUAUCGCUGGAACAGAUGAAACGCGGAGGGAAGAUAGCAUCGACCUGAUAGAUAUCGGAAUGAACAUAAUCGCCACCCUGGGGUAUCCGUCACCAAAAUCACUCGCAGAGGUGCUGGAACAGUGGCCGUCUCCCUUUGCAGAGAAAAUGCUUUCUCUAUCUAUGCGGCCGCAGAAAUAUCGCUGGCAUUUGUUAGGACUUGCACAGGCAUUUGUGCAACUACACGAGGCCCUCGCUUUCUCCGCCCUACUAUCACAUAAAAGCAGAAACGCUCUCCUUCACAUCGCAGAGAGAGAACAGAAGAGUUUGAGCAUAUUGAUCGAGGGCCUAAAAGAUGGCGAGGCAGACUAUUUGGAAUUUGGAAAGGGGUAUGAGCUGGGUCGACAGGAGAUCGAGUGUGUUUUGAGCAACCAUUAA